AUGAAGAGUAUUUUCAGUAGUCUUUGGAGUAAAAAGAGUUCAUCCCAAGUGAAUGAGGGAAAUAGUUCCCAGCCGAUUGUGCCUAGUUCUCCUCCUAGAAUAGGUGAAAACGAUAUUGUGCAAGAUACAGAAAUUAAUACCGCCACUACCAUAACAACGCCUACUUCCAAACAUAGGAGCAGCUCGAAGCGCAAACGAAGCGAGGCUAGAGAUUCGAUAGUAGACACGCCUAUUAUGGCCAAACCCCUCGAAAAUUCUUCGUCACAAGGUACACCCCCCGGGGCAAAGAGGAAACGAGCGAGGAAAUCGUCGAAAACCUCAUUGGGAAAGGAGAAUCGAGAACCAAGCGUAAAUCCGAAUGGUGCAUACGGAACAUCUCUCAGGCAAUCGACUGAACCAGACUCGAGCACACCAAAUACAAGGCGCACGCCAUCGAAACCCGCACCAGACCACUUCCGACCCGGCCACGUCAGCACUCAGAAUACGAAAAGAACAGGAUGGUUUAGCCCCGAGGAGACAGCGCUGUUAGAAGCGCACAAAAUAGAUUUCUGCAGAAGUCAUUCAGUCGAUUUUGAAAUCUUUAAUCAAUGUGUCCAUGCAUCGAAUAAAGACAAAGAGAACCUAUUCAAGUUGAGACCAGAAUUUGGAACCCACAAUGAAUUCUGGAAAGGCGUCUGGGCGAUAAUUCCUGAUCGAGACCGUCGGUCAGUUCUGCGUUUCAUGCGCCGUCACUUUCAAGUAGGGGAUGGAAAUCGUCCCUGGACGAACUCUGAAGACAACAGGCUUGUUCGACUCCACGACAAGCAUGGGCCAAAAUGGUCUGUUAUUUCGAAGGAAAUGGAGAGAACGCAAGACGAUGUUGUUCAGCGCUGGAAAAACAAAGUCGAACAUCGCUCUACAAUGAUCACAGGUUUAUGGAAUUUUGCAGAAAUGGAAGAACUAGUCAGAGCAGUUAGAAAGGUUCGAGACAUUCUGGCCCAAGAGGGGUACACCGAUAUUGAAGAUCUCUACGAUAUGGACGAGAAGCAUAUUUCCUGGGGUGCAGUGAGUGAUGCGCUUAACAACAAAAGAUCUCGGCAACAGUGCGCGGAUAAGUGGCGGAAAAUCAAGACCAAAGUGUUUAACUAUCGACAGACAGGAAAAAGGCAUGCAACUUUCUACGACGUUUAUGAACCUGACGGCCAUGUCUGGAGCAAACCUGACGAGACUGGCAAGUCUUCGAAACGCGCUCCAAAGUCUCAGGCAGUUAUAAAAAGGCAGAGCUCGCAAAGCUCCGAUUCAGAUGACGCCAGUGAUGAUGAAGAGCAAGAAUUGUCAGCUGUGGACAAUCAGUCAACUCAUGAAGGUCAAGAUCAAGAUGAAGAUACCCAGGACAGCGACCAUCCGAGCAGCUCUGAUGAAAAUGAAGAAUCUCAAUCUGAACGCCAAAUUAAACGCGAAAAUGAAUCCGAAGAAGCUGAAAGUGAUGAAAGUGAUGAAAAUUCUAUGCCGAGUCGUUCCAUGUCCGUACAGCCUAAGCAGAAUGGCACCGUCGAUUCCAAUAAUGAAACAACGUCCACUCCACAAAGCAAACAUGAAUCUAGCGACGAAGAAACCAAUAUCACCCGGAAUCCAUCCACCUACAUGCGUGUAAACGAAUGGGCCGCGGUAAAUGCCAAACCCAAUAACGACAUCGAAGAAAAAACCUCUCGCACCCGAAAGCGCAGAAAGCACAAAAAACACAGAAAGGAACGAGAGUGA